CCUUUGUAGAUAAAUCUAAUCUUAUUUGUACAAAGGAUUACAUGUGUCUAAAGUGAUCAUUUCUAAUCAAUGCUUCCUGAGAAAUCCAUUUCCGUGCCAAUCGAGCUAAAGGAGACUGAUAACCUUAUCCAGUGAAUCCAUUUAAUAAUUAGCCACGUAAGAUUGCAUGAAACUGACACGUCAGCUGAAAAUCUGCGUUAUUUCCAUUAAAUCCCAGUAGUUUUGAAUUUUCUCCUAAGCGAGAAAGCAAAACAAAAUUAAGCAAGCAGGAAAUGGCCUCGGUUUCAAUGGCUAUAUCUCAAGCUUUAGCAACCCAGAGAGGAUUCAACCAACUAUCGGACUCCAAAUUCUUCCUUCAGCUGUUGCCGGUAAGGCCAUCGAAGGUGGGUGUCUCCCCAAAUCCAAAAUCUAGAGGUCGGCUUCAAGUGCAUGCUUCUCUGAAAGAGAAGGCUGCGGCGGGACUAGCAGCAGCAGUGCUGACAGCCUCAGUAAUGACGCCGGAGGUGGCAGAGGCAGCAGGAGGAUCUGACAUAUCUCCGUCACUCAAGAAUUUCCUGCUGAGCAUCGUCGCUGGUGGGGUUGUGAUUGGAAUCCUCUUUGGCGCUGUUAUUGCAGUUGCCAACUUUGAUCCUGUUAAGAGAACCUAACAAAUGCAGAAUCUUGAAAGUUGCUUCUUGCCGGAUCAUGUUUAGUACUCUGCAGCCUUUAUGUAUGUUGGAAAUAAAUGUCUUAAUUAAAUUCACAUGCAUUAUGUUUUAA